UGUUUUGAGACCUCCCUUGUUAUUGACACUGCACACUCCAGCUAUAUUAGAGCUAUUCAGGAUGGUUGGUUGGCCUGUCCUUCCCUCCACUUGCUUGCUAAAAGUACGAACAAUUUAGGCCACCCUAUUCUUUCACUGCACACUCCAGGUAUAGUCAAGGUAUUCAGGAUGGUUGGUUGGCCUGUACUUCCCCCCACUUGCUCACUAAAAGUCCAAAAAGUUUAGGCCACCCUAUUUUCAACAGUCAUUCCCGAGGAAUUUUUGCACUGCACAUGCC